GGAAUAUUUGUGUUAGCCCGAUGUUUGACUCGAACUUUGAAAACAUUUUGAACAUCUCAAGUCUAAAUAUCCACGAUUUUCACAUGUUCAAUGGGUCUAGUUCUUUCAGGCUCAUUGAAUAAAAAUGAUUGAGCUUUUUAGUCCGUCAGAGAAGUAUAAAAUACACCAUGUAUCACAUUUUAAGGGCCAUCCAACGCGAUGGUUAUCAGAUCAACAAAAGCUCAGGAACUUGUUUGACAUGUUCUUUUAUUCGAAGACAGAUUUCGCAAUCAACAUUGAAACCAAAGCCACUUAUUGCAACUAACGUAACGGUUGAUAAGCAUUUACCCAUAUCGUCAGUCAUUCGACCACCUACAGUACUAGAACCUGUUAUUGAAAAUAAUCGCAGUGACAAAGAAUGGACAGAAUCGAGAAUAGAUAUGAAAGAUUUACACCAACAUUAUUUAAAACUUUCAAAAAGUCGACUGACAAGUUUGGUGGUUGUAACAACAAUGGCUGGUUAUGCGAUGGCACCUGCUCCAUUUGACUUAGUAACAUUCAUACUUUGCAGUGCUGGUACUGGUAUGGUAUCUGGAGCAGCAAAUUCUAUUAAUCAAUAUCAUGAAGUUCCAUUUGAUGCUCAAAUGUCUAGAACUAAGAAUCGGUUACUUGUCCGAGGCAUAUUAACACCAAUACAUGCUCUUACGUUUGCGGCAGUUAGUGGAUCAUUGGGAUUAGUAACUUUAUAUUAUGGCGUAAAUCCUGUAACUGCUGCUUUGGGUGCUGCAAAUCUGUUUUUAUACACAUCCAUUUAUACACCAAUGAAACGUCUAAGUAUUUUAAAUACAUGGAUUGGUUCAGUAGUUGGUGCGAUUCCACCGUUAAUGGGAUGGGCAGGUUGUACAGGUGGUGUGAUAGACUCUGGCGGUUUAUUACUCGCUGGUCUACUUUAUGCAUGGCAGUUUCCACAUUUUAAUGCACUUUCUUGGAACCUUAGACCAGAUUACUCAAGAGCCGGUUACAGAAUGAUGUCUGUUACUAAUCCAGGUUUAUGUAGAAGAACAGCAUUACGCUACACUAUUGGAGUUUUUGGUCUAUGUUGUGCAGCACCGUUUUGUGAAUUGACUAAUAUUUAUUUUUCAAUCGCUGUUUCUCCAUUAAAUGCUUAUUUUGUGUACUUAGCUUGGAAAUUUCAUCAAAAUUCUGACAGUAAGACUUCACGUAAUUUAUUUAGAUUUUCACUUAUACAUUUACCAGCCUUGAUGAUAUUAUUACUUGUCAAUAAACAUGGUUUGUGGUCUGGAAACAGCAAACCAAAAGAAAAUAGUGAAGUAAUCACAGUUAACAAGGAUGAAAAAAUUAUUAGUUCAAUUUUCAAAAAAGCGGAACCAUUAUAAUUUAUACAUUGUUCAAAUGUACUUUAGUUUCUUCAUUGUUACUAAUUAUUUAAUUUCAGUUUUGAUGUUAAAUAAACAGAAUAAAGCAAUUUUUGUUGAA